AUGCUCUCUGCGAUGGCGGCUGGGGGGGAACCAAGCGACCGAGGAGCAGCAGUGAGCUGUAGCCCCUCUCCCUCCCCACCUCCCCUUCGGCACCACGGUUGCGCUUUGCCUUCGCCCACCCCGCCGCUGCCUCGCUCCGCGGGGCCGGCUGCAGCGGGGGGAGCGGUGGCUUUUCUCGAAGAAAAAAAAAAAAAAAAAAAACAAAAAACCAAAACCUGCAAAGGUAACGCUGCGACUGCGGAUGGUGCGGGGCUGGGGGAGCGGUACCCGCGGGUGGGCUGCCGGGGCCGGGGCGGACCGUCCCCGGGAGGUCGCCGCCCUGUCCCGUCCCCCGCCCCGCUGACCGCUCUUUAUUUUUGUACUUUCUCCUUCGAGCCCCUCUGGCGGGGCUCCUCGUUUAAUGCUGUUUUCUCCUUUGUCCUAAUAAAAUGGUUUCUUUGCACACCGGUGUCGCCGCCGCUUCUGUCGCCGCGGCCGGGUCCCGGGAGGAUGGCGGCGUCCCCGCGGCGCCCUCUCGCCCUUAAAGCGGCGACGGUUCCGCUCCUGCGGGUCCCCGCUUCCGCCAAAGCCACGGCCCGUUUAAGCGUUGGCCGCUCCUGCGGCCCAAGCGCACGGACCAUGGUGCGGGGCCGGUGGCUGCUGCCCGGCGCUUCCCUGGCCCUGGGCGCGGGGCUGGGGGCGGCCCUCACCGCCCGCCGCCGGGCCGAGGGCCGUGAGGCGGAGGGGCUGCUGGGCCGCCUGCCCGUCGUACCCGCCGUGGCGGCGGCGGCUGCGGCGGGUCCGCCGGCCUUGCCGGGCUCGGGGCGGGCGGAGCUGACCAAGUACGGGCUGCCCGGGCUGGCGCAGCUGCGGAGCCGCGAGUCCUACGUGCUGUGUUACGAUCCGCGGAGCCGCAGCGCGCUUUGGGUCAUCGAGCAGCUCAACCGGGAGACGCUCAGCGGCACCUCGGACCGCGCCGCCUGCGACUUUCAAGAGGACGAUUCGGUGCACGAAUAUCACCGCGCUACCAACGCCGACUACCGCGGCAGCGGCUUCGACCGCGGGCACCUGGCCGCCGCCGCUAACCACAAGUGGAGCCAGAAAGCCAUGCGGGACACCUUCUACCUCAGCAACAUCGCCCCGCAGGAUCCUCAUUUAAACCAGAAUGCCUGGAAUAACCUCGAGAAGUACAGCAGAAGCUUGGCAAAGAACAACAAGAACGUCUACGUCUGCACAGGACCCCUUUACCUGCCCAGGAUGGAGGCCGAUGGGAAGAUGUACGUCAAGUACCAGGUUAUUGGGAAGAACAAUGUGGCCGUUCCCACCCAUUUCUUCAAGGUGCUCAUCUUGGAGAAGGAGAGCGGGGAGAUUGAGUUGCGCUCUUACGUGAUGCCCAACAGCCCUGUGGAUGAGAAAAUCCCCCUGGAACGCUUCCUGGUUCCCAUUGAGAGCAUUGAGCGAGCCUCAGGGCUCCUCUUUGUCCCAAACAUCUUGAAGAGAACAGGUAACUUGAAAGCCAUCACAGCUGGAAACAAGCGUUGAACCCUGACUAAACAAAUCUAGGUAUCCCCUGGUAAGGGACUCACAGCAGUCAUCUGCAGAACACUAGUUCCUUGUGCAAUUUUAAAUGUGAGAAAUAAGAAUCAAACCAAUGCUUCUCUUUACCCUUCCCCUUGUUUCAUGCAACAGUGAAACACGCACACGCAGCAGGUCUCAAGGGCAGGUCCUGCAGAAGGCUCCUGGGCAUCUGACACCGUCGUAGGUCUUUAGAAUUUGCCCCUAAUCUGCAGUAUGGAGCAUACCCCUGUAAUUGCUCCCUUUGAGUUGUGUUCACCUUAAGACACAAAGGGAAGUUACUUCAUUUCUGCUAUUUAGCAGGGAAGGAUGGGAGCAAGAUGGGUGCAGGGGGAGGAGAGGAAAGGUUCCUGCCUUUCUGUGGCCAAAGCAUUGUACAAUUGUUUUCUUUCAGAAGAUGGUUUUAGCAGUAAAGCUUUGAACCCCCACAA